AUGGCUGACUGUGCUGACGGCUCAGACGAAGGCAAUAUUUGUGAUGACGUGAUGAAUGUUCUGUUCAACACGAUGUUCAAGAAGCCAAAUGAUACAGAGCUACACAGCAAGUCUACAGACUGCGUGUUGCAGAGUGUGCCGGCCUCGUGUGAAUGCAGAGAGAGAACCAGGGUCAUCUGUGAGCCGCAUGCCUUGGACGGAAUGCCAUCCUCCAUAUGUAACCGUACUACAACUUUGCAUCUGUCUCUGAACAGGAUCUACAACAUUAGUCAGGAGCAGUUUGAGCUCCUGCCAGAGCUACAGGUCUUAAAUCUGGACCACACGUAUAUGAUAUCAAUAGCUCCUGGGACAUUUAUACACAACCACAAGCUGAGAGAGAUAAACUUGAACUUCAAUCUACUGACGAAGUUCUCAACCGAAAUCUUUUCGCCACAUAGUAUUAUGCAAGAGAUAUACCUCAAAGGAAACAGACUGACAGCGAUACAAGAAGGGGACUUCGCCAAUAUGACUGAACUUCUAUAUGUGGAUCUAUCCAGGAAUAAGAUCUCCAACAUUAAAGAGAACGCGUUCAGUAUGCUUCCUGUUUUGGAGACUUUAGAUCUGAGAAACAACUUGAUAACAGAGGUGCUGCCACAUUACUUCAGGGAUCUAACCAGCCUGAAGCGACUAUACCUCAGCGAGAACCGCAUCGCCCAUAUACAGACGCACUCGUUUGUUACACUCAUCAGCUUGGAAACUUUGGACCUACGCUGCAACUAUCUGAGACGUCUGGACAACGACACAUUCAGAGUCCUACACAACCUACACUACAUAUAUUUUGACAAGUUCUACAUGUGUCUCUACGCCAGCCAAGCUCGAGUCUGCGAACCUCAGGGCGACGGAAUCAGCAGCAAGCAAAACCUCCUAGGCAACAUUGUCCUCAGAGUUUGUGUCUGGGUGGUAGCGCUGCUAGCCUGUGGAGGCAACCUCAUGGUCAUCCUCGGCCGUUUCCUGAUGAAAGAAGACAACCAAACCCAUUCGUUCUACAUCAAAAAUCUCAGCCUUGCUGAUCUUCUUAUGGGAUUUUAUCUUUUCUUCAUCGCCGCAAACGACAUGAAGUUCCGAGGCGACUACAUUAUGUAUGAUGAAACAUGGAGAAACUCCUGGGAAUGCGAUCUUUCUGGAUUCCUCUCCACGCUCAGUACUGAAAUGUCCGUUUUGACCCUGUGUGUAAUAACUCUUGAUCGAUACAUAAGUAUAAUGUAUCCCUUGUCUUUUCGAAAGCAAGGAUUGAAAUGUGCCUACCUAGUGAUGAUUGUUACCUGGUUGUUGUGUAUCUUACUAGCAGCUUUACCAAUUAUGGGAAUCAGCUAUUUCGGCUCAGCCUUCUACAGCGAUAACGCAGUUUGUGUCCCUCUUCAUUUGCACGAACCCAGAGCUAAGGGAUGGGAGUAUUCAUCGUUCAUAUUUCUAGGGAUCAACUUGGGGUCGUUCGCGUUUAUAGCAUAUGCCUAUACGGCAAUGUUUUAUGCUAUUCACGUCAGUGCUCUGACGUUAAGGACUUCUCGGGAGUGUCAGGAGAGGAGUUUAGUUAAACGGUUCUUCUUCAUCGUUGUGACAGAUUUCAUGUGCUGGGUGCCAAUCAUCAUCAUUAAGAUCAUGGCUUUGGGAGGUGUCAAGAUCUCUGGGGACCUGUAUGCCUGGGUGAUUGUCUUCGCCUUGCCUGUUAACUCCGCCCUCAAUCCUCUGCUCUACACACUCACCACAAACUUGUUCAAGAAAAAGCUGCUGUCAAAGUUCACUAUCGUGUUCAGAACAGAUUCGACACAUUCGCCCUCCAGCUGCAAGACAACAUCCUUGGCCCGUCAGACGCCAGAUUGUGAGAUGGAUUUGCUCAGAUACCACUGCCGCUCUCCGUCCAGGAGUACUGUCAGAACAUACCUGUCUCCUAGAGUCAGUGAUUUCAACGCUGAGGACAACCGAGGUGCCCCCACACCAGCAACAGACGUCAGUAACAUUUACUACACAGCCGUACAACAGCGUCACUGA